AUGGGGUGCACGGGCGAUCGUGAAAAAGGAAAUGUCCCACUGGAGGAAAAAUGGGACUAUGUGAACCUCAACGACUUCAAGUCCGACUCGUGCUGGGAAGGAUUCUCCUACUUCUUCCUCUGGGUGUUCAUGUUUGUUUCGUUUGCCGUCUAUGGUGUCGACACCUUCACCGCAGUCAAUUUGCUGGCCUUCUCUCGUUGGUCUGGCCGCGUCGAACCUGCCAUUCCAUUCAGAAUCUCUCGAUGGAUCUUCACCGCCUGCAUUCUCACCUCGUUCACACUCCUCGUGUACCGUUGGAUUCUCGCCUAUCGCGCGAUCCGCUCCGGCAGUAUUACUCGAAGUUACCUGGACCCUAUUGCAGUGCGGGUGCAGAGCUUUCGUGUCUUCACCAGCAAGGGUAGCGGAUGGAAACGAUUCCUCGUUUUCGCCGAAUUGACAAAGAGUAAGAAAGGGGCCGAAAAUGUGGCGUUGUUCACAUACUUCUCUUUUCAAUUCUGGAUGAAUACCAUCUUCGCCGAUGGACCCCGCCAGGUCAUCAACGCAAUCACUCUCUACUCGGUGAUGAAAAUGGACCUGCUUCCGGGAGGUGAGAAUGCAUCAAAGGACAAUGGUACUUCGCCGGUCUUGCAGUUCUUCAACAACGUUAAAAUUCUCGCCGAAGACAACAACCUGCAAGCCGUGGUCUUGUUUGGUAUGCUUUUCACCUUGAUCAUCUGGGUAUUGUCCGUCUUGAAGCUAGCCUCAGCUGUCAUUCUCUACUUGGUGUUCCUUUUCCACCACAUCCCCGAGGAAGACGGCACACUCAAGGCAUACUGCCGCCGCAAGAUUAGCACACGGCUAAAGCGCAUUGUGCAGCGCAAGGUCAACAAGGCCUUGGCCAAGGGCUUCCAGCUGCAAGAUCGCGCUCCAACCCAACCGAGCGUCGCAAGCGCAGACUCGAAGCCAAAGCUGCCCGACCUGGACAAGGGCCCUGUUGUGACGACCUUGUCUCGAAGCACAACUGCGACUACCCUUCCCCCCUAUACCAGGACGAACUCCAAUGUCACGGAGAAAAACCCAACUCUGCCGAACCUUGAGUUUGAUAGCAAGCCGCCGCUCACCCGCACAACCACCCAGUCCUCCGUCAUGUCUGAGUCGGCCUCCCUGAUAGGCAAUGCCGCUACAAUGGGAUAUAGUCCUCUUGACCGCCAGGCCUCCCCCCUUCCUCCAAUCCCACCACUGCCCGCUACCGUGCCCCCUCCAAGGACAGGCACGGCGAUGUCACGACCCGCUCCUAGUCCCACACCGUUUGCCAAUGACUCUGGUCGUAACACCCCGACAGGUGGGUAUCGCAACUUGACUGAUGCGGGGGCGCAACCGUAUCGCACAUUCACGCCUGUCAACGAUCCUUACGCUCCAUCGAAUACACCAGGCGCUCCCGCUCCUGAUGAUUAUUACGGACGUUCGCAUACACCUGCUGCUGACCCCUACGCCCGAUCGAACACACCCAGUACUCCCGUUUCUUAUGAUUCUUACGGACGCUCACAUACGCCGGCUCGCCAGGAUCCCUACAUGACCCAGAACCAGGGCUAUAGUGCUGAAGAUACUCAUGGUGACCACGCAUACAAUUAUGGCCUGGAUGACUACAGAGAGCAGCCCGUGGCCUCCACCAAUCAGUCCCAUCCGCAGUCAGGGUAUCCGCCUCAGGACGGAUAUAGGUCCUACACUCCUGCGAGUUCUGUGAUGCGUCCAUCACCUGGUGGUCCUCCUCAGAGGACUAUGACUCCGGCAAGCUAUCGUAGCACGCCUGGUCCACAAGCCAGCGCUCAGGUGCAGCCCCAACCAAGGAGUUUUACCCCCAUGAGCCCAAAGAGCCCUAUUGGAUCUCAAAGCGGCGGCUAUGCGGCAUUCAAUCCCCCAACACCAUCCCAGACGCCGCACUCUCGCAUGCAGAGGCCACCUCCACCAACGGGAUAUCAGCCCUUCACACGUGCGAACACUGCAUCGCCGUCGACCAUGCAGCGCAACGGUCCUCCUGCGGGAUACUCGUUCAACCGCGCAAACACUGAUCAAUUUUAA